AUGGGGAUAGGCAUCGAGGAAAAGAAACCCCUUUUGAUACAACUCAACGGGCAGUACUAUGACAUCGCCGAUUUUGCCUCGAAACAUCCCGGUGGAGCAAAGGUUCUACAUCGUUUGGCCGGUGAGGAAGUCGGAGAGUUUAUUCGAGGAGAAAAACGGAUAAUGGGAGUAAGGCAUGAACAUUCUGAAGCCGCUUACAAUAUGCUUGAAAGAUAUAAUGUGAACGCAAUCCAAAAGGGUGAUCCUUUGAUAGAAUCAAAAACAGGAAUGCUUUUUAAUGUUGGAUCACUUGGUAGUGAAUAUUGGCACUGGAUUCAUCAACCAUAUGAUGGAACACUGAGGUUGUUUGACUCGGAUCUUCUGGAAAGUAUGACGCGAACAGCUUGGUGGGUAGUUCCAGCGGUUUGGAUGCCCAUUGUCAUACUUUUCUCAAUAAUUUCUAUCGCAUCUUUCUCGGCAGCUACAGAUGUCUAUAACUCCAUACUUCUGUGGUCCGCGUGGUUCGUAAUCGGAGUCUUGACUUGGACUUUCACUGAAUACAGCCUCCAUCGUUGGGUUUUCCACUGGAAGCCAUCACCUCAUUCACCAAAUCAAAUCCUACUCCAUUUUCUUGCUCAUGGACUUCAUCACAAAACACCAAUGGACGGAGAUCGUCUCGUGUUUCCACCAGUGCCAGCAGCUUUGAUCGUCGGAAUUUUCUACGUUAUCUAUUCAAACACAUUCCAAUGGUCUGUGUUUUGCGCGUUCGGAGCCGGAAAGUUGUUUGGAUACGUUACAUACGAUAUGGUUCACUACUAUUUGCAUCACGGAAGCCCACGCCCUCGCAGUAAUCUACAUUAUAGAAAAGUGUAUCACCAUAACCAUCACUUCAAAAACUUUGACGUUGGUUUCGGAAUAUCAACGUCGCUAUGGGAUUAUGUAUUCCACACAAUCGGAAUGGGUCCCUUAUGA